CUGGCUGUUGUGUAGAGUGUGCCUGAGUCCUGAGAUGCUCGCCUUUGAUAAAUCAGCCGAGGUCCACGUCUGCCUUCCCGAGCACUGACUGGAGCAUCGAUACCGGCGAUUCGGAGAACAUGGCACCCGACAGGCCGGACCCAUCCGAAGUGGAAGCCGGAGGUCCGAUCGUGACGCGCGUGUUCGGCUUCUGCGACGCGUAUAAUAUCAAGGAGGGUGACAACGCGAGCAGCCAUCAUGAACAUUACAUCGAGGACACGACCCUCACCGCGGACGAGGUUGUCAUCGAAGAGGAGGAGGAGGAGGUGCCGAUGAUCAAGCCCGAGCCCUGCGACGAUAAGAGCAGCAACCACUCGGACGACGACCUCACCAGCCUCAGCUGGCUGCACCAGCAGAACCUUCUCAAGGGUCUCGAGAUCACCGAGCAUCCCGUCAAGGUCAUCAAGGACGAGAAUGUGCUGAAUAACAACGUGGUAUGCGAGGACAGUCUCGACAUUUCCGAAAACACGAAUUCGGUGUCUAGUCUCGAUGAGAGCUACUCCCCAGAAAGCAAUGGAAAAAAUAGCUUAGGCCCAACGCCGGUGCUACACUAUCAUGACCUCGUAAUCAAUGGUAAAUCUCUAUCCAAGAAUACGCAAGAUAAUAUCAAAUUUCCAAACAAUACAGCACAAAGUAAUCAAAUCAAAUAUAACAACAACAACAACAACAACAACAAUAACAACAAUAAUAAUAAUAAUAACAACAACAACAACAACAACAGCAGCAGCAGCAACAAUAAUAAUAAUAACAACAGCAACAAUAGCGCCAACUUCAAUCUACCAGUUCCGAACCGCAACAAGCAUCCAACUCACAUACCCUACGAUCCAUAUCUGCACAAAAACAGUAAGCCACCGUACUCGUUCUCUUGCUUGAUAUUUAUGGCGAUCGAGGACAGUCCGGUUAAAGCCUUGCCGGUCAAGGAGGUGUACGCCUGGAUACUCGAGCAUUUCCCGUACUUUAGGAACGCACCUACCGGAUGGAAGAACUCCGUCAGACACAACCUCAGCCUGAACAAAUGCUUUCGCAAGGUCGAGAAGUCGCCAAAUUUGGGUAAAGGCUCGUUAUGGAUGGUAGACGCCCAGUACCGGCCGAAUUUAAUACAAGCCCUAUCACGCUCGCCCUUUCCUCCACCUACGGCCACAAACAUUUCGACGCCAGAGAAAAUAGCACGAAAAGUUGUAAAUAAUCGACUUCCUGAUCCCGUACUCUUUCCUUAUUUAUCCAGAAGGCUUGCUUCAAGUAAUAUCGGUGAAAACUCCGAAGCCGAAUUCGACAGCGACGUAGACGCAGCAGCUGCUGCAAUGCUGUCAUUCAAGCAUGGACCUAUUAUUCUCAAUCACAACAAAGAUCGCAAAAAGAAACAACAAAAUGAUAAGAUGGUUCCAGUCAUAACUAGGAGUUCUACCGAAGAUCAUACUUAUAGUUUAAUUACGUCAGUACGGCUAGAAAGGCGAUUUGAAAACUGUGAGAUCGCGAUGACGGAUGUCGAUGAGCAACGGAAAAUAGCAGAAGGUGCAGACGCCCUACUGAAUCUUGCGGGAGUGACAACAACGCAACUUCGAGAUCCUCUAAUCCCGGACGAAGUCGCGGAGGAAGAGGACGAAGAUAGUUUCUUUGGCAGUAACAAGAACACUCGGCCUUACAUACCUGGCAGCGAUCCAUUGGAGAUUAGUCCGACGACGAAGCGCCGAUCCUCCGUAUCAUCCGCUGGCGGUGGACCCAACAAGCGACGCAAACGUCCUUGGCGAGAUACGUGGAACGAGAAUAGCAGGUAUCUCAAGCAAGUACGAGGCUAAGUUACCGACGGAAGGUGUCAAUAAAAAAUUUAGCUCAUGUUUAAGCAUACCAAAGUCCAAGAUACUAAUCGGAGGCCUCCCAAAUAAUAUGAGCGAGCGGCCGUAAUUGGGAGUUACGUUGGAAAAGAUGGAGAAAUUCAUUUCGUUAAGACUUAUUAUGUUAAGUCUGUAAACAGACGCAAUUUUAUUGCUAAAAUAUAUGAGAUAUGAUAUUUUAGGUAUAACCAACAAAAUAGUACCUUAGGUAUUCUAUUUAAUCGUCCACGUAAGGUGUAUGAUAUUAGUAUGAAA